AUGACGACCAACGGGACCACCAACGGGGCCAAGCGGAGCGGCUCGCGCAGCCGCAGCCCGCGAGGGUCCGACUCGCUGGUGCCCAUCAUUGAUAUUGGGGCUUUGUCUGGCGAAGACCAAGCGGCCAAGAAAGCGGUCGCUGAGAAGAUUGGCAAGGCCUGUGAGGAGAUUGGCUUCUUCGUGGUGGUGAAUCACGGGAUCCCCAAAGAAGUGAUUGACAAGACUUGGAAUCAAACCCUGGACUUCUUCGACCUACCCCUUGAAGAGAAGAAGACAUUUGUUAGUGAGGAUGAGGCGAAGAAUCCAUAUGGAUACUCUGUGCUGGGCGGAGAACAACUCUCCAAGGGAAAAGACUUGGACAACGGCCAGGAAAGCAAACAAAUGGGAGACCUCAAGGAGAUGUUUCAGAUGGGCCCAAAGAAUCCAGCUGCUGGUAUGCCCCCAAGAAAGCUGCCGGCCAAGCCGAGCAAUUUUGCGGAAGCUUGGGAAACAUACUAUGAGCAUGCCAACCAGCUGGCCCAGAGACUCUUGCGAGCCUUCGCCAUGGCCCUUGAUUUGCCAGAUGAUUGGUUUGUGACCAAGACGGACAAGCAUGUCUCAGCCCUGAGAUCGAACAACUAUCCCGAUCAAGCAUCCAUGAAGGUGCCAGAGGGAUCGAUUCGCUGUUCAGCGCACACGGACUAUGGCACCAUGACCAUUUUGAAGUCUGGUGGGCCUGGUCUACAAGUCUCCAAAGAUGUUGAGAAUGUUUGCUGGCACGAUGUACCAUUCGUGGAAGACGCCUUCGUCAUCAAUCUGGGUGAUCUGAUGCGUCGCUGGACCAACGAUCGUUGGAGCUCCACGCUGCAUCGUGUCAUCAAUCCUCCUGCAGGGAAAGCCAAGACUUGGGGAAGACGCCUGGCCCUGGCCUUCUUCCACAAUCUCAAUAAGGAUGCUUUGGUGGAGACCAUCCCCUCGUGCAUUGCGGCGGAUCGACCUGCUUUGUACGAUCCCAUUGUGGCGGGUGAGUUUUUGAUGCUGAAGCAUCUGGCCAGCAAUGGCAAAGCCGACCCGGACGCACACCUGAAACGUUCGAAGGCAGCAGCAUCUACCUGGCAGGUGCAGCUCGUUGGGAAGAAGAGGUGGACGUUGUGUCCGAACACCGAGUCCCGAUUCCUGUCUCCAUACAUUGACACGUACAAUCCGGACUACAGCAGAUUUCCAGCAUUUGCCAUGGCAAAAUGCGGCCAGGUUACGGUGUCUCCAGGGGAGCUGUUGUACUAUCCAGCCUAUUGGUGGCAUCACACCUUCCAGUUGGAGACGCCGAGCAUCUCCUACACCGGCGCCUUGGUGGGCGUCGAAGCAGAUCGAUCGGAUCUUGGAGCAGAUAGGAAACCACACGUGCAGUUCUACGCAGACUUGCAGGAAAAAUGUGCGAAAUGCUGGCAGCGGGGUGUGAGCGAAAGGCAGUGCGAUGACAUUUCGCAGAAGUGGGCAGGGGCGGCUCCACCACCCCUGCGGGUCGUUUGUGAAGAGUACUUGCCCGACUGUUUGCGCCUGUGGUCUGAACAUGCCAAAGCCUUGCAUGGCGAAGACCGGGUGGAACUCUGA